CCAUCUUAUCCCCCUCACGCUCUAAGCACCCGCAUCCCUCUCUAGUAAUUCUCCGGCCAGCACCCCUCUAGCGCAUCCAUCAGUCUCCGGCAAUACUCAGGCGGUCCAACUAGCCACGAACAGCUCGUGCGACGUCUCCCAGUUGUUCUUCUCCGGCCAACGUACUACAACGGCGCUAGAAGAAAAUUCAUUUUAGAGGAGGCUCACGGUUGUCUCUGGAUUUUACUAUGACAAAGACUUUGGGCCUUCCGUUCCAACCACUGAAAUCACCUGUGCAAAAGUUUGAAGGACUCAAGUUCAUAAGGCGUCAAGGGCCAAAAAUGCAGCUCACACUCACUCAACCUGAUGAUUGGCAUCUUCAUCUUCGUGAUGGUGAUCUCUUAAAAGCUGUUCUCCCUCACAGUGCAAGUAACUUUGGAAGGGCUAUUGUGAUGCCAAAUCUGAAGCCACCCAUCACUACCACAGCUGCUGCUGUGGCUUAUCGAGAUUCAAUCUUGAAAGCGUUACCGUCCAAUAGCAACUUUGUUCCUCUUAUGACCCUUUAUUUGACAGAUACAAUGAGCCCCAACGAGAUCAAGCUUGCAAGAAGAAGUGGGGCCGUUUAUGCUGUAAAAUUGUAUCCUGCUGGUGCUACAACCAAUUCCCAAGAUGGUGUUACAGAUCUUUUCGGGAAGUGUCUACCUGUUCUUGAGGAGAUGGUUGAACAGGAUAUGCCUCUGUUGGUUCAUGGUGAGGUAACAAAUCCUGAUGUUGACAUGUUUGAUCGUGAGAAGGUCUUCAUUGAAACUGUAUUGAAACCCCUGAUUGAGAGGCUUCCAAAACUGAAGGUGGUGAUGGAGCAUAUUACUACUGCCGAUGCUGCUAAGUUUGUUCAGUCUUGUGAACACGGACUUUUAGCAGCAACAGUCACUCCACAACAUCUUCUUCUGAACAGGAAUUCUCUUUUUCAAGGAGGAUUGCAGCCACAUAAUUACUGUCUUCCAGUACUCAAGAGAGAGACUCACAGGCAGGCAAUUGUGUCCGCUGUGACCAGUGGAAGUAAAAAAUUUUUCCUUGGAACCGAUAGUGCUCCACACGAGAGACGAAGGAAAGAAUGUUCUUGUGGUUGUGCUGGUAUAUACAGUGCCCCUAUCGCCUUAUCAUUAUAUGCAAAGGUGUUUGAAGAGGUGGGUGCUCUUGAUAAAUUAGAAGCAUUCACAAGUUUCAAUGGACCAGACUUCUAUGGGCUCCCCAGAAACACGUCAAAAAUUACACUGCACAAGGCUCCAUGGCAGGUUCCAAAGUCUUUUUCAUUUCCCUUUGGAGAUAUUGUUCCAAUGUUUGCAGGUGAGACACUUGAGUGGCAGCCAUGCUUCAAUUGAGACUAACAAGUCCCAAUGUUGCUUACUUACACAAUAACACCACAUUCUACGCAUAUCCUCCAUUCACUGAUUAGCUAGACUGAUGUUGAUUUCCCACAAUUAGAACUUUUUAGUGUUGGAUUAUUUAUGUAUGAUCCCUCCCAUCUUUGAAAUAAAAUCAUGAAGAACUUUUGAUUUGAAUGAUAUUCACAAGAAGUUGAUGUUUGAUAUUGUUGGUUUGGUAA